AUGGAUCACCUGGGCUCUCCCACCUGUCUGCCCCUCCCUCAUCUCUGUCUGCACCUCCCUCACCUCUGUCUGCACCUCCCUCACCUCUGUCUGCACCUCCCUCAUCUCUGUCUGCACCUCCCUCAACUGUCUGCACCUCCCUCAACUGUCUGCACCUCCCUCACCUCUGUCUGCACCUCCCUCACCUCUGUCUGCACCUCCCUCACCUCUGUCUGCACCUCCCUCAUCUCUGUCUGCACCUCCCUCAACUGUCUGCACCUCCCUCAACUGUCUGCACCUCCCUCACCUCUGUCUGCACCUCCCUCACCUCUGUCUACACCUCCCUCACCUCUGUCUGCACCUCCCUCACCUCUGUCUGCACCUCCCUCACCUCUGUCUACACCUCCCUCACCUCUGUCUACACCUCCCUCACCUCUGUCUGCACCUCCCUCACCUCUGUCUGCACCUCCCUCACCUCUGUCUACACCUCCCUCUCUCUGUAACUAUCUGUGUAUUUAA